AUGGUAAAAGGAAGAUUUAUCAUCAAUCCGUUUGGCGAGCUCGUGCUGACUCCCGGCGACCUCAACAAUCUGCACGAGCUUACCAGUACUAUUCUCGACUCAAAUUUAGCGCGAUACGAGCAUUUUCUCACCGAAGACAAAGGUCAGAUUGAUUUAAACCACUGGAAACUGGUAAAGGGUCGAGAAAGUAUUAAGGUGUACCAAGAGAGGUCGAGCAAUUCGCACAGUCAUGCAGUACAAACUUCAAAGCCUUCAUCAGAACUGUCAUCUAUGCUCGGCGUCGGCACUACUGUUGGAGAGCUGGAUGACCUUAUGUUUGGUGUGGUAAGUCCAACGCUAGAAAUGAUGCGCAUCAGAGCCUCCUAUGUGGAGGAUAUCAGUGGUGCUGCCGUGCUCGCAAACAUUGUCGAGCCUACUGUCGAGAACCCGUUCAACUCGAUGGUCGUCAAAUGGAUGGAAAUGGAUAUUCCACUUCAGGCAAUGGGGUUGGUGCGAAACCGUGACUACAUUUACUUAGAAGUAACCGGUUUUGUACAUCUCGAGAGUGGUGACAGGGUCGGUUAUCAACUUCUACACUCGGUCGACUUUCCAGUGACUCACAAUCUACCGAAUCGCGUCCGUGCAAACCUGUCAAACUGCAGUUUUUUUCGCCAAGUGCGACCGAAUGCAUGUGAGGUCUUUGCUACGGGAAUCAUAGAUCCUGGUGGUGAGAAGGUCCGUAGAUUCGUGAUAUCUGUUAUUGCUAACACUUUUCUAUCGACACUUAAGUACGCUUACUGUGGCCAAAUGAAAAAGCUUCAGCUCACGCUUGAAACGCGAUACGCUGAAGCCAAGGAACUUGGAACUCCCAAUCGUGAGCCAGUCUGUGUGACAUGCAAUGCUCACAUAACGAAUCGAAGAUUGGGCGAUUUUGGUAAGACUGACGCAUCGUGCAAGCUAUGCUUUGGUUAUGUGUGCAAUAGCUGCAAAAUUCAGCGCAAAGUGAGCUUCGUGACCCCCGACUUGCUCUUAGCUCUCCGCAAAGUUACAUUUUGCGCGGUUUGCUUCCAUGAAGCGAUCCAUGCUUCAGCUGCUGACACUGCAAGGGCGCGGAUCGCCGCAAAUUUCGAACAAAUGUCGAAAUCGCAUUAUUACAAUCAUACCUCGGAGACCAGCACAGUUUCCGAAUAUGGAUCAAGUUGCGGAUAA